AUGCUAUGGCGUCUAGAGCGGGGCGAACGAUUAGGCUUGCUCGAUCUCCUGGCAGGAAGCACGACUGUAGUCAACACCAUACUCACGCAGAUCAGCCUGCGAAUCCUGAACGCAGCCGGCUUGAUUCUGAUUGUUGCAUGGGCCAUCUCCCCUCUGGGCGGCCAGGCGUCUUUGCGAGUCAUGACUGUUUCGCAGCAGAAUGCGACGUCGUCGGCGGAGAUCAAGUACAUGUCGACCAACCACUCUUUCGGCCCCUACGUGAGUGGUGACCUGGGAUCUCUAGCCACGCUGAUGGACGGCCUGUUUAAUGCUGCCUUGCUGGGACCAGAGAGGAUUAAGAACUCGCCGACAGAUCAGUGGAAUAACGUCAAAGUGCCGCACCUUGAGAGUAUCGCAAAUGAUCCAUCCCUCCUGGCCAACAACUCGUGGAUCCCGGUACCUGACCAAAAUGUGACAUACGCUUCCCUGAUUGGACUCCCCAUCGCCGACCUACCCGCUUCUUGCAACGCUUCAUUCACUAUAGAGUCAUUCUACUGGACCCUAGAUUGUUCUGCUCUCACUGACUCGUAUCAGCCACCUGGUUACAAGAGCAACGACGAACUACCUGAUGGAUGGUCGAACCGGACGAAUGGCCUUGGCAACAUCCUCCUACUGGACUACGCACCACGUGCGGCGAACAAAACGAAUUGUCGAGGCAGCCCUUAUGAUCCUGCUUACGUGCCUCGAGUUCUCGCAUACAACUCUUGGGAUCCAUCAAGCGCGCAGUUCGGGGCCCUUUGUACGAUCUGGACUUCGUACGUGGAGUUAGAGACCCAGUGUACGAGCAUCACGAAUUGCUCGGUGACAGCGAUUAGGAACUCAACUCAAGUGCACCCCACUCCUGCUUGGACUAUGCUGGAUGGGCCGGAAGAUGCUUGCAACUGGUAUAUCUGGUUCCUGGCACAGUUCGUCGACACCGUUAACGUCAAGCGCUCAGGUACUUCCACGCCCGUGCAGGGAUAUUUGCUCGAUCCCAACUCGCCUGCUUCGCCGCUGCUUGAUAAACCCAUGACUUCCGUGCCGAAGAAGACGUUCGCUGUUCGACUGGCGCAGCUUCUCAACACGUACUGGUCAAUCACGGCCGGGCCAUAUGCCGUCCCGUAUGGAUUCGCUGGGGAUAUCGACAAUACCAACGUAGACUACUACGAUGAGACUGCUGCGAACGCUACUACAACGACAGCACAGCUUACCCAAACCUUCAACGUGAUCCGCUGCCACUCAGCCUGGUUGGGUGUGCUUCUUGGCUCAUCCAUCUUUCUCAUCGCAGCGAGUAUUCUCUCCAUUGUCCUUCGCUUGAGAAGCAAGACGCCUGAUCUGUCGUUGAAUUGGUCGACAUCGACGAGGGACAAUCCAUACGUCGAUACGAAUUACUCUGGCUCUUCCCUGGAUCAUACCAAGCGUUCGCAGCUGAUGAAGAGCAAUAAGGUGAGGUUCGGAGACGUGGAGCCAGGAAGACGUGUUGGGCAUCUUGCUGUGGGAUCGCUGGAGUCGCAUGCUGUUGCCAAGGCUGACAGGAGUCGGAUGUUUGAUUAG